GAACGCACCACAGCCUGUAAUCUGAAAUCGUGCCCCGCAGCAAAGAAGGCAAGAAGGCGAUACUCGAAAGAGCCUCAGAGCCUAAGAGCCUCGAAGGCUCAGAAACAACAUUCUGGAUAUCGCAUCCUGUCCAAGAACGUCCCUUUCAAUCAUAACUAUAUCACAUUAUUCAAUCCCUCGCAAUUCAUCUCAACUAUAUUUCACUACAAGCCUCAUUUCGAAUGCGCCAUUGACAGUCCACUCGCCUCGACUUCACCAGCAAUUCUGUCAAAAUGUCCAACGUCCAAGAAGACCUCGCCGAGCUGGCACAGUCACAAUUGCAGGCUCAUGAGUAUCCUCUAAAUCUUGUCCGAGCAAGCGACUUUCGAUACGUCCUGGAAACGUAUCGAACCAGGCUCGAAAAGGAAGAGAAGAAGCUGUUUAGCGCCAGGAAGAGCUUGGUCGUCAUAUGGGAUCUGGUGAAAGCUCAAGAUACAACCUAUGUCGAAAGCAUGGCCAAUGAUGUCGAGGAGCUCAGAAGUGCCCUGGACGGUGCUGCAACCGAUCCGUGCCGUAGAUUCAUAUUCCUGCAGUCUGCGAGCUCUCGAGAUCCGUUGAGGUGCACUCGGGAGCAGCUUACUCUUCUUCUCACGCAUCACCAGGUAAUGGCAUCCUUCUUGGAGGUUGUCUUUACCUUCAAGCGACGCGAAAACCCGCAUUCGUUCACUUCGUUUCGAUGCGAAAACUACUUGAGCCCUCACCAUCAACAGGCUGGAUUGCAGAGCAUAGGUCGAUCUGGAAUCAGGUUGCAGCACUGCUUCAAUAUUCUCGGAAUAGAAGAGGACAAUGAAGUCAAAGAUACAUGGCGGCUCCGUCAAACGGCAGCAUACCACUCAUUCGACCUCAUCGAGGGACGCGCGUUGUGGGUUGUCAUGAAAGGCAAUGCAAAAAUGCGACAGCGCAUUGAAGCUACAACAAGGGAGUCUGCACAGAAACGCCGUGGAUCUUGGAAUAGCCUGCAAGAUUCAUUUGGUCAGACUCUUGAUGACCAUCUUUUAAUCUUGCAAUGGUGUGCCGAGAACUGGGAGGCCUAUACAGAGUCUUUAGAAGUCACUUAUAGGCCCUUCUCUAGCAUAACGGAGCAUGCACCAGUCAAGGAGCUGGCGGACGACAUUCCAACUAACAGGGCUAUUGAUCGAAUGAACUCUCUAAGAUUCGAAGUAGCCCCGAGGCGCCACACUGACGGCUCUCAGUCUGCCCCCGCUCCACAAACACUUCUUCGGAGGCUUUCAACAAAACUUACCGAUCUCAGCGCCAAAUCAAGCCUUCAUGGUACGAUGCGGCGAGGCACUGGGCUUAUAAACGGGAGAGAUCAAGCCCCUCUCUCUCCCAAGAUAAAAAACCUCAAACUUGAGGAGUUGGUUUCUUUCAAAAUGCUCCAAGACCUCAACAGCCUUGACAAGAGCCUGGACGAGGCCAUCUCAGUAAUUGACCAAAACAAAAGAGUUUUAACAGACAUCAAAAGCCACUACUGGAAACUCGUUAAUUCGGCUGCUUUUGAGCUUCAUGUCGCAGAGAGUAGUGCACUUCAAUCGUGUAAAGAACACGCUUCCGACUUCGUGCAGAGGAUAGAGAGGCUAGAAGGCGAUCUGGACAACUACCAAGGGAAUCUUAAGACUAUUCUGCGCGGUGUAGGGAAAACGGGCGUAAUGUUCAACAGCAUCCUCCAACACCAAAGCAUGCGAACCGCAGAGUACUUUGCCAAGUCAUCUGAAGACUCGGCAGGGGUCAUGCAAGUCUGGACCGAGCAAAUGCACGAGAAAACCAUGUCUAUGCACGUCAUCACCGUCUCCACACUCAUAUUCCUGCCCGGGACAUUCGUCGCUACCAUUUUUGGCAGCGGUAUCCUCACGUUUGGGGAUGACGGUAGUAGCGGGUCUGGGCCUAACAUGGGAGAUUGGAAAGUUCGACUGGCUGGGUUGAAACUAUUCCUUGCCAUCUGCUUCCCACUGAUGACGCUGACGUUGUGUGCUUGGCUCAUGGCUUAUUGCUUUGCCAGGCUCAGAAGGAGUAGUUCAAGGGACAGUGGGGUAUUGAGCGAGAAGGUAACUGAAAUGGUCUAGGUUUUCAUUACUGGGAUGGCGGUCAUGUGCAGUAUUUUGUUGGUAUAUUAUGGCGCGAACAGUCAAUUGGGGAGCUCCAUGCCUUGCUCUCACAUUUGUGGUAGGCUCCCUCCCAAUCAGCCUGAUUAGACCGAUGGUGCUGCUCAAUUUCAUUGGAUCUGUUUGGUAUCAGCACAUGCUUAUAAAUAAAAAUC